CAUGUGGUUUGGACCCAAGUUAAGCUCCAGUCAUUGCCAGUAAGUCAUGUUUGUUGUGUGUAGGUGCAUGCGUGCAUGACUUUUAUAUUGCUGUGGUAACCAGAUGCGAUGUGCACCCUCCCCCUCAGGUAGGACUUUCUCCACAGAGGAUAAAGAACAGAACAGUCACUGCCGCUCGCUCUCUUCUCUUCUCCGCUCCUCUAGCAAGCACUAGCCUGCUCCGGACAAGGCAGCGUGAGGGAGGCUGAAAGGAACAAAGACGAGCCUGUGCUUAUUUUUCUAAACACUCAGGAAUAUUUUACUUAAGGUUCCUCUUGUUCCAUCUCUCCAGGAAGUAUCCGUCACCAGGUGCAGCAGAUAUCCUGAAGAUGGGUUGCUUUGGAUUUUUGAAAUCAAUGAUGUUCCUUUUCAAUGGCAUCAUCUUUCUGGCCGGAGUCGGUGUCCUAGCAGUGGGCAUCUGGGUGAAGGUGGACAAAGGCUCUAUCCUGAGUUUUCUGCAGAACCUGGACGGCGCACCAUCUGAUCUGAAGCAGGUGCUGAACGUGGGCUACCUGCUGAUCGCGCUGGGCUCCGUGCUGCUGUUGCUCGGCUUCCUGGGUUGCUGUGGCGCAGUGCGGGAGAGCAAGUGCAUGCUGCUGAUGUUUUUCACCAUCAUACUGAUUGUCUUCAUUGCUGAGGUGGCUGGAGCAGUUGUGCUUCUAGUUUUUAAGGGACUGAUUCAAAGCCUGAUCAGUCAAGUCGGGGUCAAUAUUGUGGAAACCGUCAAAAAGGGUUAUGGAGUUGAUAAAGAUGUCACUGGCCUCCUGAAUGCUCUCAUGGACACGCUGAAGUGCUGUGGAUUCAACAACUACACGGAUUUCACAGGUUCACCUUUUAGCCAAAACGCCACCUAUCCAUCCCAGUGCUGUGUGGUUACCCCCUGCUUAAAAGUCAACGCCACAGCUGCGAAUGUUACUGGGUGUUACCCGGCACUGGUUAAAUGGUUUGACUCAAAUUCGGUUGUCAUCAUAGGUGUGGCUCUGGGAAUUGCCAUUCUCGAGCUUUCUGCAAUGGUUGUCUCCAUGACCCUGUAUUGCCAGAUAAAGGCAAAAGGUUCCUGAAGCCUGAGGAAAAGAAGAUGCUUCCAGACAUUUCCCAAUUACAAAUAUACAUCCAAAGGAACUUUUUUUUAUUUUCAAUAUUUUUGUAUUAAUUAACAUUUAUUAGUAUAAACAAUGUGAUAAGAUUUAUGUUCUAUAAAGGAUUUAAUGUUUCAUCUGUUACUUAUGUUGAUUUUGAAUUGAGACCCAACAUGUGAUGCUUUGUUAGUAAUUCAUUUUAAUACUCACUUGACCUUGUUGUAUUAUGUUUGUUUAUUUAGUCAUUUGGUAGAACCUGUCAAAGUGAUUAAGAGGUUGAUGAAUGAAUGGAUUCAUAGCCUAUAAAUUAUCCUAUAGUGCCCUUUACAAAUAUUGUCAGCCCUACUGAGCAUUAGCAAAAUCGACUGUUUAAAAAAAAAAAGCAUUCUUGCUGUGUAUCCUUUUGGUCUUUCAUUUGAUUUCAUUCAUAAUAUUAACAAAAAUCUAAUAUUUUUUAGAUAUAUUUCAUCAUGAAAUAAAUAUUUUUCUCAAAUCCA